GGCGAAAAUCGGAACACCCCUCAGCUUUAGAAAUGUACUAACGCGUCAGGCAGCUGCUGUCACAUAUGGGGACUCGAAGACAUGUUGCGCCUGUGAACUGGGAGAAAAAUCACCUCGAACCGGACUCAAAUUCAAGGCGAGCCGAAGCAUUCCACUACGGGCCACUGCGACCUGAUAAAAUGGGCGAGCCGAGGGAAAGCACAGAGUCCGGGGACGAGCAAGCGUUCAACUGCCUGGACGAAGCCAAUGCCAUCAUCCAGGACGUGAAGGCCCACGUCGCCGAGAUUUGCGUUUCCUCAAAACUGGCCAGUGACGCCACACAGAUCUAUUUAAACAUUCGCACCAUCGAGAGCGCCACUUGCUGCGUGCAGGUGACCAGUCGCGGCUUCAAGAUUGUCUCCUCGCAGUACGACACCAUCGACGAGGACCCGCGGGUGUCCGCUCUGCUGCGCAACGGAGAAGCUGACAAGCAAGACGAAGAGGAGGAAGAGAUCUUCGAGACGCCCUACGCCCUGCUGGACAAGAUUAGCCCCCGGUACGUAGAGUCCUUCGGCAACCAGCUGUGCCAGCAGCUCAGACAGUUGCAGCAAAUGCGAACAGAGUUCCACGAAGAAGACGAGGAAGAGGAGGAGGAGGAGUAGGAAAAAACCACCCGACUUCCACCCGAGGCUUAGAAAGAAGAUAUUAGAGUUAAUUUAAUUAAAUGUUUACUUGUAAUGCUAUAUCGUGUGUUCUCCGAAGCCACUGCUCGGAUUUCCUGCCUAGAUGUCGUGUGUGUUUGCCACAGAAGUAUUCCCCGCCAACUGGCUCAUUUUAAGGCAGCUCCAUCUCCAGACGAAUUCCCGACUAGACCUUAAGGCGUUUUAAAAAUAAAGAUUGUGAUUGCAGCUCCA